AUCUAAAUGCGAUGCAACCAAGAUUGUCCAGAUGGGUACUCCCAACCCCUAUAAUAUAUACGACGACUGUGGACCUGACCUUAGCUAUCAGGCCCUGUUUGACAAGUACUAUAAACCAGAGUUUGACCGCUUAGGCCUAAGUUUUGCACCUAGUACAAACAAACUUGAAUGUAUAACAUACGGGCAUAAGGUUUAUCUCAAUACCGAUGCCGUACGGAAAGCACUGCACGUACGCGAGGGUAUCAAAGAGUGGUCGCCAUGUGAUGGACCCUACCAUCAGACAGGAGGUGCCACUCGACAGCAACAAAACGCCAGGGAUUUGAUAAACACGUAUAAAAUCCCCAAAUUUAUUGUAUAUAACGGAGACUUUGACACCGUUUGCGACUUCAUUAGUGACCAGAAGUUUGUCACUAAUUUAGGGUUUAAGACAACUGAACAUUACAGGAAAUGGACAGUUGAUGGCACUUAUGAUGGAGUUAUCGGCGGUUUUGUACAGAAUUACGAGAAAGGGCUGAGCUUUGUGUUGGUUAGAGGGGCCGGACAUAUGGUGCCUCAGGAUAAGCCAGAGGCCGGCCUACAAAUCCUUAGAGCUUUGCUUGGAUUAGCAAAACUAUAA